CAUCGGAAGCAACCGGUUUCAGUCGCGUCGCUGCUUCUCAGCACUACACUAGGCGCUUGCUCCCGUACGCGUACGACGUGCGCUUGUUGGUCGGACUUGUUUUAGUCUGGGGAUUCCCCGGGGCAGCAGGGAGUUUCCGUGUGUGGUGGAGGCAUUCAUUUCUUAGCUAUUUGUGCCGGAGAGGGGCCAAAGAUUAUCAGUGUCUACACACGAUGGGUCGCGUACGGUACUACGCACUCACGUUGGUUUCGAUGUGCCUUUUGCUGCUGGCAGCUUCUUCCCAAGCCCAAAACUGUGGCAAACGUAAGCAGGUAAACCUUCUGAUUACAAAUGGCUUAGAGUCAAAGGAGGGCGACUGGCCAUGGCAUGUGGCACUGUUUCACAACAAUCGCCGAUCGUUCGAGUAUGCGUGCGGUGGAUCCAUUCUCGAUCAAAAUACGAUUUUAACGGCGGCUCACUGCCUGUGGUUGUCCAAUGGAUUAAUCGCCAAAGAGCGACUUCUGGUGCAGGUGGGACGCAGCCGGCUCCGAGUGGCGAGCAUUCACGCCCGAGACCAUGAAGCCUACGAACUGAUCGUGCAUCCGAAGUACAACGUUAAUCAAAUUGCGAACGAUAUCGCUCUGAUCAAGCUUGCGACCGACAUUACCUUCACGAACUUCGUUCAACCGAUCUGCCUUUGGAACCGGGGCGAUGAUCAGAGCUCCAUCGUUGGCACCCUCGGAACUGUGAUCGGGUUCGGCUAUGACGAGACCGAUAACCCUACGGAUACGUUGCGUGAAGCACGUCUACCCGUCGUUAGCGCCAUUGAUUGUAUCCAAAGCAACCGGGAAGCAUUCGCCACUCAGCUGACCUCGGAUAUGUUCUGUGCUGGCUAUCGGAACGGGACCAGCCCCUGCAACGGUGACAGCGGUGGAGGGUUAUUCUUCAACUUCAACAAUGUCUGGUACAUACGGGGUUUGGUAUCGUUUACGAAACCGCGCCAGGAUACGACAAUAUGCGACACCAAGGAGUACACGGUGUUUACCGAUGUGGCAAAGUAUCUGAGGUGGAUCGAGCAGUACCUCCGUGCGUCUAGUGGUUUACCGAUCUUAAUCGACCUACAGACCAACCAUAAUAAGCUCGCAUUGCUGCCAACGUCCACGUGCGGUCCUAAUGCGUACGCUGGUCGUGAUGAAUCUUCCAAGCCGGUGCUGCUCGGUUAUCCUUGGGUAGCCCUACUAGAAUACACCGAGACGGGAUCGCGCGAAAAGAAGACGAUCUGUCAGGCGACACUGAUUAGCGAUCUCUAUCUAAUUAGUGCUGCACACUGCGUAAGCAGCAUACCGAAGCGAUACACACUAACGUCCGCUCGGCUAGGAGAGUAUGACAAAAACUCUAUGACGGACUGUGUCGAUAUCGAUGGACAAAGGGUCUGUUCGCCGCCGGUUCAAUCACUAAGCAUCGAAUCGUUGAUUGUACACUCGGGCUUCAACAAACCGCGCUACGCGAACGAUAUUGCACUGAUCCGGCUGCGCGUCCGGGCAGACUUGAGCCGCAGCAACGUGAAGCCUAUCUGCCUGCCCGUGACGAACGAGCUGCGCAGUCAGAAGCCGAGCCAGUACAUCCUAACCGCGUGGUCGUCCGGUUCCGGUGGCAACGUACUGGAGCGUUCAAUCAGCCAGCUCACCGAGUCGGUCGAGUGCCAAAAGCUGUACACCGAGCAGUCGGUUACGCUGGAGAAAACGAGUCGACAGAUCUGCAUCAAGCAGCAGCAAGAGUCUGGCACACGUUGCAAGUUCCCGGCGUCGGCAGCACCGCUGCAGCUUCUGCAGCCAGUGAACGGCCAGCAGCGCUACGUCCUGUACGGGUUGCUGUCGUACGGGCCGAAAAGCUGCUCCGUGCUCUAUCCAGACGUGUACACCAAUGUGGCCAGCUAUAUCGACUGGAUUCUGGAUAAUAUUCAUGAGUAGUGGCGCCAAUUUUGGCUAAAGAACACUACAAAAUACUCUAUUUGUCGGUGCGAUCUGUGCGCAAUAAAUUAUUUCAUCUAUUGAGUGUUAUAA